CCCUGAAUUACUGAUACAUUUUAAACCAGCUAUAUAUAUUGCAAGUAAACAUAUAGAUAGUGUUCAGAAGCUUAUUCUCAACCCUGAUAUGGAGUUUGUGGAUAACAGAAAACUACAGUUACAACAACAACAACUGCAACAACAGCCGCAACCGCAGGAGCAACAUUUUCAUGUGUUGGCAGUGGACGACAGUGUCAUAGAUAGGAAGCUUUUGGAGAGGCUCCUAAGAGGUUCUUCAUGCAAAGUCACCUGCGUGGACUCCGGAGACAAGGCUUUGAAAUAUCUCGGGUUGGUUGAUGACCUUCAUGAUACUACUUCUUCAACCUCUUUAGAAUCAUCAUCUCCUCCUCCACCUCAACCGUUGCAGCAAGAGGGAAUCAAAGUGAAUUUGAUCAUGACAGACUAUUGCAUGCCUGGGAUGAGUGGCUAUGAUUUACUCAAACGAGUCAAGGGAUCUUCUUGGAAAGAUGUUCCCGUCGUGAUUAUGUCAUCAGAAAAUGUACCUUCCAGAAUCAGCAUGUGCUUGGAAGGAGGGGCAGAAGAGUUUCUGCUGAAGCCUCUUCAGUUAUCAGAUUUGGACAAGCUUCAGUCAUACUUUCUGAAAUCCCUUGAAAACUCUUGUGAAAAAGAAUCUGCUAACAGUUGCAUAGACUCGGAGAAUGAGAAUGUCAUCAUUAACAUUAGUAACCAUAACAGUAACAGUAUUAGCAAAAGGAAGGCCAUAUCUCCGGACUCUCAUCAGGAGAGAUCAAGACCCAAAAUGAAGGAGUUGGCUGUGGUGUAAGAAAACAACACUACAGAGAGUGUUUGGUGCAUACCUGAUAUAGUUUAUGACUAUGAUUCUAAUUAUGGCUAUCUCCUCAAAUCUAAGCUUAAUGAAUUCCCAGUGAGUGUUAAUG